AUGGCGUUUUUCAAGAAACUCCGACCACAGGCGGCCAACCUAAUGGGCCCUUUCGCCGAACAGCUUCUGCGUCAAGCUCAAUUUCCACCUUCAGCUGAUACAAGCCUCAAGGUAUUGGAUAAUGCAUGCGGUGCAGGCACUGUGACGGAUAAGAUCAUGGGGUCACUUACGGAGGAGCAAAAGGCAAGGCUGUUCCUCACCUGCGCAGACAUUUCAGAUAUGAUGAUCGACGGUGUGAAGGAGCAUAUUGCUGCAUCGGGCUGGAAACAGGUGGAAGCCAUCAAAGCGGACGCGCAGGACACAAAAUUUCCAACAUCAUCAUUCUCACAUAUAUUCUUCAGCUUCGGGCCUAUGCUUCUCCCCGACCCGUUUGCAGGUCUGCGAGAAUGUUAUCGUAUCCUUCAACCAGGCGGUACGCUCGCCUUCACCACCUGGCAGAAGGUGCCGUGGUGUGAGGACUUCCGCGCAGGGCUUGCCACGAACCCAGAGAUUCCACCGCUGCCCGAGGACUCCGUGCUGAUCAAAGCAUAUGCAAAUACGGACGAGCCCUGGGACAACGUCACGGACGUCAAGGCACAUUUUCAGAUGCACGGCUUCGAGGACAUUAAGGUGGAGGCCGCCUGGAACACCAGCCGCAUUGAUUCCAUAGACGCCAUCCGUGAAAUGAUUCCUUACUCCCUCAACAAGUCUAUCGAGAAAUUUUGGACCAAGGAGCAGAUUGAGAAAUAUGAGAAGAUUGCUGGGGAUGCGGCUGUGGACUAUGUCGCGAAGAAAUACAAUGGCGGUCCCGUGCUGUGGGAUUGGACAGCGAUUAUCGCAACGGGCAAAAAGCCUCUUGCAUAG